AUGAGCCGAGGUUCACUGAUUAUGGAGUUAUUGCAGAAGUCGCUCUGGAAGAUUCAACUGGGUGUAGUGAAAACGUGAGAGCGAAGCGGUCCCGAACUCCCCAUGUUUAGCGAAAGCCUGAAGACCGGUGGCCCAGGUUAGGAAGGAGAUACCUCGGAUGAGAGAAGAAGUCCUGAUCCGUUACUGGACAGAAAGACCGGGCAGAUUCGACUUCAAGUGGAACACGGACGAGAGGAGAGGGACUUCCAGAGGAGAUAAUCCCAAACUAACCAGCACUACUUUUGCCUUGGCCGGUUACUCCGCGCACAGCCAUGCAGUGGUUUACUGUUCAGUACAAAACCGCAGCGUAAGUGAUGUUUAUUCACCAAAUGCGUGUGGUUUUAUAAAUAAAGCGUUGUUUAUUAAGAUUAAAGCACUACGUUUCGUCAAGCACUGUAAUGGCUUAUCAUACCAUGCUAUCCAAACUGUGUUGCACACGGAAAACUCGCCAGUUUUAGCAAGUUCUUUGUCCACUGGAACACGUGCAUUGGUUCAGUUGGGCACAGCAGGGCACAUACCCCAAAUACUGGGUUUCAGCACCUCCAGAAUAGGGCAUUCGGAGACAGGUUGGACUGGCAUUGCUAUUGCGCACCAAGACAUGCUUGCUUGCUGCAGAAUCCGUGCCUGUCCCAUAACGAUAGCAGCAUUGCUUCACAUGGCG